UUAAACGCUCGGACAUCCUGCUGGAGACUCUCACGCUUUUGGCUCUAAACAAGAAGACAAAACUGUGUCCACAGUGACUUUUCUCCGACAGUGGCUCAGAUGUGUGUGGAUGACAUUAGAGGACAGGUCUGCGCUGUGAUAUCAGGAUUAAAUGUUGCCUGUGCUGAUGGUCGCUGCUGCUGCUGCUGCUGCUGUAGUAACACUAAUGACUAAUGUGGUGUCUUAACACACGGCCGCAUUUCACUGAAGCUGCCCGUCAACUUUCUUUAGUUUAGACCGCAAGUCGUCAUGAUGACUCGGAUUUUCUGGGAUACAAUUUUUCUCAUAAGCGGUACUUUUAGUAUGUCUGUGGUACUCAACGGUUCCCUCUUUACAUUUGGAGCAGGGCCGAGCAACUCCACGAUUAUUGAAGCCAGCAUUUCUAUCGAUACAAGCUCCACCGCUGCUUCCAGCACCUCAACCAGCAGCUCUGCAGCGACCAGCAGCAGGAGCACAACGGCCACAACUAUUGCAUCUGCUGCAACAACGAGCAUCCCAACAGUUAGAGGUUCCCUCUUUGCAUUUGUAGCUGAGCCAAGCAACCCGACAGUUACUGAAGCCAGUGUGUCCAUUGAUACAAACUCCAGCGCUGUUCCAAACACCUCAACAAGCAGCUCUGCAGCACCCAGCAGCAGCAGCAGGAGCACAACUACCACAACUACUGCAGCUGCUACAACAACCAGUGUCCCUCCAGUUAAAAAGUUCGUGGCAGCGGCUGUUCGGUCUCAUUUUGAUGACUGUCCGGACUCCCACCGCCAUUUCUGCUUCCAUGGCACAUGUCGCUUCCUGAUACUGGAGGAGACGCCUGCAUGUGUGUGUCAUCAAGGAUUUGUUGGGAUGAGGUGUGAGCAUGCAGACCUGCUGGCUGUAGUAGCGACUAAUCACAGACAACAGACAGUUGCCACAGUGCUGGUGUUGUGUGUGAUUGGCUGUGUUCUCAUCAUGGUGUUGUGUACACUUUUACAUUGCUGGUGGAGGCAGGACUGUCGCAGGCGGAGCCAUGCACAUCACUACGUCCCAGAGAAGCACGGAUCAUCCUGCCAUCCUUCUGAGAGUGUGGUUUGAGAAGACAUCAUGCUGAAACACAAGCUGUUUGCAUCAUGGCGUGUUUAGUUUUCCUUAUCUGUCUGGCCCACAAAUCCUCAGGAUUUCAUCCAAAGUGGUAUUCACAUGUUCUGAUCCAGCCCAGAGGUGAAGAAGCAUCAUCACCAACCUGGCUGAGGUAGGCCUGCUUGAUGUGGACGGUUAAAUGUUCCAGGACACUUUUUUCCCACUGACUGGGACUUCUGCAGCCGAGGAACAUGUUUACUUGACUCUUUGACUUAAUGGAGAUACACGCAGAACAGUCUGUUUGAAGCUCUGAGGAUGAAGCUGCUGCCAAAUCCUACAUGCGAAGAGCUCCGCUUGUGUCCUGGUUACUGUUUAUGGCUGGCCCUAGAGGACGCGAGAGACGAUCUACGAGGCCAUUAAUCAUCCUGAGUGGAUGUCAGAAAGGAAAGGUGUUUAUUUUGGGCUGCGGGACAACAAUAAUUCAUUUAAGUCAGAAGACCCCAAUUCUUAUUUUUGUCUUUUAAUAACUUUGAGCACUUUUCAUCAGAACUCUUUGAGCACAGAGGACAUUUUUAGGAAAUGACGGUGGGGGAAAACUGAUGCUUUAAACAAGUUUUAGUGUCUGUUUUUAAAGAAGGAACUCACUUCACCUGACAGGAGUAGGAAUUGUUGAACAGACUGACUGCUAAUGGAUUAAAAACCCCUGGACUCCAACCAAUAAUUAUACACGCAGAACUUAAAAUGGUUCAAUAUGAUUUUGAUGAUUUAAUGACUGACAGUGUUGCCACUGAAGCUGAAAUAUUUGUCAGUUUUAUUUUUAUUCCUGAGCUGUACUUGAACGUGUUGAUGCAUUAGAGGUGUUUUGAUUUGCAAGCUAUAACUGUACCGACACAUCCUGGGUGGCCACAUUAUUUCACAGUCCUGUUGUGUUGUUGCACUUUCUCUGCAAGCUUGCUCACUGUUCAUAAAAAACUGCACUUAAUGUACACUGUAGUCACUUAAACUAGUGUUCACAUAAUGAGGAGAUGCCAAAUACACUUUCUAACUUUGCCUAAAUGAGCACUCAAGGGAACACAGUGUUUGCACACAUCCAUCUAAGCAUGCAUGCUCUUAAAUCACAGCUCGUAUUUUUAAUAAACACAAAACACUUUUAUUUCAAGAGUGGUGUGUUACAGCAUUGCGCUUGCUUUGAAUUUAAAUACUUUUAAAGAGAGAAACACCUCUGAUGAUUAAUUUAAAAUGAAAAUAUUUAAAGUUUUCUUUAAAAAAAUGUAAUAAUAAUAAUAAUGAUAAUAAGUGAGGGAAUACAAAAUAAUGAUUGAAAACUGACUUGCAUACAGACAGAAUCAUGAUGUUUGUUCACAGUAACUUCCGUGUAGAAAACCCAUGCAUCAUGUACAUAGAAUAAAAUGACGUUGCACACACACUGCCUCAGCUGGUUCGUUUUUAGCCACUGAAAGAAGUCCAUCGUCGUCAAAAAAAAAAAAAAAAAAAAAUCAAUAUCAGUUUAAGUGGACGCUAUAUUUAGAAUAUUUUCAUGGAUUUACUUUGUUGUCAGACAGCCCUUUCCGACAGGAAACUGAAGCUGUUAUCUCAUAGUCACCAGGCUCCAUUCGCAAAAACAGUGAUUUUACCUCGCUGAACAUGGGAGUUAUUGGUCUACUGCUGCCUCGAACAGUUAGUGCGUAAGAUAAAGCAGUAACAAUAUUCCAAAUAUAUUCAUUCAUUUUCCAUAACUGCUUAUCCUGUUAGGGGAUGCAGGAGGCUGGAGCCUAUCCCAGCUGACACUGGGUGAGA